GCCGCCACCCCUGAGCUCCCCGACCCCUCCCCGCAGCGGCUCCCGCCGUGACAACCGAAUUCGGACCCCCGGCCCCGCAGUCCGCGCGGGAGGGGGGGCUCGGCCCGGUGCCCCCUGCCCCCUCUGCCCUCCGGCCAUGGGCAGCCACGAGAAGGACCCGUGCUCUCCGAAAAGGGCCCUGUCCCGCUCCAGCAGCACCGUGUCUUCCAAGCACAGCAGCGUCCAGCAGGGCUCGGAGAGCUGGGAGGUGGUGGAGGAGCCCCGUGCCCGGGGCAGCCCCGGGCAGCAGCCGCAGCGGCACGAGGGGUACCUGCUCAAGAAGAGGAAAUGGCCCCUGAAGGGCUGGCACAAGCGGUACUUCGUGCUGGAAAACGGGAUUCUGAAAUAUUCCACCACGCGCCAGGACGUCCUCAAGGGCAAACUGCACGGUGCCAUCGACGUCCGGCAGUCCGUCAUGUCCGUCAACAAGAAGGCGCAGAGGGUUGACCUGGACACAGAGGACAACAUUUAUCACCUCAAGAUCAAGUCCCCGGAGGCGUUCUCCAGCUGGGUGAGCAGCCUGUGCGCCCACCACCGUGGCGAGCGGCCGGAGCCGUGUCCCCCCGGGGGUCCCACGGGGACCAGCACGCAGGGCCAGUGGACGCGGAUCCUGCCCUCGGGCAGUGCCCCUGCCCUGUCCACGCUGGCCAGCUCCCGGGACAAGGUGAACGCCUGGCUGAAGGACAGCGAGGGGCUGGAGCGCUGCUCUGCCGAGCUGUCGGAGUGCCAGGCCAAGCUGCAGGAGCUGACGGGAAUGCUCCAACACCUGGAGGCCCUGCACCGCAUCCCCUCGGCCCCGCUCAUCUCCGGCAGCCAGCCCUCGGCCGCCACGGAGAGGCCGAAGAAGGGCCGGAGGAGCACCAAGAUCUGGUGCACGCAGAGCUUCGCCAAGGACGACACCAUCGGCAGGGUGAGGGUGGGCCGCCUGCACGGCUCCGUCCCCAACCUGUCCCGCUACCUGGAGUCGUCGCAGAGCCAGCUGCCCUUCAGCGUCCCCCCGGAGUACAGCCAGCUGCAGCGCAGCUUCUGGGUCCUGGCCCAGAAAGUGCACGGCUCGCUGAGCAGCGUGGUGGCCGCGCUGGUGGCCGAGAGGGCCCGUCUGGAGGAGAUGCGGCAGGCGCUGCACCGCCAGGGCCCGGCCCCGCGCCCCGGCAGCGCCGGCACCGCCGGGCCCGCCCUGCGCCGCUUCCACUCGCUGUCGGCGUCCUCCGACACCACCCUGGACUCCUUUGCCUCGCUGCACCCGGAUGAGCCGGACGCGCUGCCCGCCAAGGGCCGGGAGCAGCAGCUCUCCAACCGCAGCAUCGUCUCGCUGGCCGACUCGCACACCGAGUUCUUCGAUGCCUGCGAGGUUUUCCUCUCCGCCAGCUCCUCCGAGAACGAGCCCUCGGAGGACGAGUCGUGCAUCAGCGAGGUCACCGCCGGCGUCUGCGAGGAGCCCGCGGAGCCGGGGGGGCCGGGCCGCCCCCCGACAGGAGCGGAGCGCCCGGGGCUGCCGGCGGAGCCGCCGCCGCUGGAGCCGCCGCUGGAGCUGCCGGGGCCGGACCCGCGGCGGAGGAGCCGCCUGCCCGCGCCCCCCGCGCCCACGGGGGACGUGAGCCUGUGGGGGCUCCUGCGGAGCAGCGUGGGCAAGGACCUGUCCCGCGUGGCGCUGCCCGUGCAGCUGAACGAGCCGCUGAACACGCUGCAGCGGCUCUGCGAGGAGCUGGAGUACAGCGAGCUGCUCGACAGGGCCAGCCGCGCCCGCGACCCCCGGCAGCGCCUGGUGUACGUGGCCGCCUUCGCUGUGUCCGCCUACGCCUCCACCUACUACCGGGCGGGCAGCAAACCCUUCAACCCCGUGCUGGGCGAGACCUACGAGUGUGUGCGGCCCGACCGCGGCUUCCGCUUCAUCAGCGAGCAGGUGUCCCACCACCCUCCCAUCUCCGCCUGCCACGCCGAGUCCGACAACUUUGUCUUCUGGCAAGACAUGAGGUGGAAGAACAAAUUCUGGGGCAAAUCCUUGGAGAUCGUCCCCAUGGGCACCGUCAAUGUCCAGCUGCCCAGGACCGGGGACCACUACGAGUGGAACAAGGUGACCACGUGCAUCCACAACGUGCUGAGCGGGCCCCGCUGGAUCGAGCACUAUGGGGAGGUGCUGAUCCGCAACACCCGCGACGCCUCCUUCCACUGCAAGCUCACCUUCUGCAAGGUGUGCCCGCCCCGCCCCACCCCGCCUCGCCCCUUCGUGCCCACACACCCCAUGCCCCGCGACCACGAGAGGAACUACGGCUUCACGCAGUUCGCGCUGGAGCUGAACGAGCUGACGCCGGAGCUGCGCCGCGUCCUGCCCUCCACGGACACGCGGCUGCGGCCGGACCAGCGGUACCUGGAGGAGGGGAACGUGCCGGCGGCCGAGGCGCAGAAGCGCCAGAUCGAGCAGCUGCAGCGGGACCGGCGCCGCGUCAUGGAGGAGAACAACAUCGCCCACCAGGCUCGCUUCUUCAGGCGUGUGACGGAUGCCAGUGGCAAGGAGUCGUGGGUGACCAACAACACCUACUGGAAGCUGCGCCUGGACCCCGGCUUCUCGCACCUGGACAGCGCAGUGCUCUGGUAGCCACCCCCAAACUGGGGGUGCUGAGCCCCCCCAGCUCCUCACAGCAGUGCCCAGCAUGGGGCUGGUCCCCCCAGCACUGGGGGUGCAGAAUCCCCCCCUCCUCUUUCCGAGCCAUUUUGCCGCUGUUUCGGUAAAACUGUGAUGCAAAAAUGGGAGGGGGGCACUGGCAAUGCCUCCCCCCGGCCCAGGGCAGAGCCUUGGGCACAGCUGAGGCACUUUGGGGCAGGGGCUGGCAGUGCCCCCCUGCCCUGGGGGCACAGGAUGAUAAU